AUGCCAGCAUUUCGCUGCCCAGCCGGGCAGUACCCGGUCGGAGCCGAUUGCCAGCCCUGCCACGAGAGCUGCCGGAGCUGCCGUGGCCCCCUGCCUCGGGAUUGCCUGCUUUGCGCGCCGGGCUUUGGCCAGCUGCAUUUCGACCUGCUCAAUGAUCAGCCCACUGGGAGUCAGUCCAGCAGCAGGAGCUCACCCAACGACGGGACCCCGGACAGCGACGCCAGCGGCCGCCAUGGCAGCGGCGGAUCGGGACCCGCGUCGGGAAGCGAGGAUCGCGCUCGACCGGACGCCGGGAGCCUGGCGAGCAGCCAUCCCGACGUGCUCGCCACAUCGGAUGAGAAUGGCAUGGGCAUCGCGGAAUAUGGCGACUCGACCGACCACGGGCUCUCCCUCCCGGAGGACUGGGUCCUGUGCCAUCGGUGCGAGGACCUCGGCCACCUGUCGCUGGAUGGCCUAUGCAUGUACCGCUGCCCGGUGGGGUAUGAACAGCAGGGCUCCGAGUGCCGGCCCCUGUGUAGCAUUGGCUCGCGCCUGGUUUUCAAAAGUCCCCUGGAUCUGGAGGGGAUCCGCAAGGACCCCGAGUACAAUGGCCCCCUCGGGCUGGGGCGGCGGCUACUGAGCACCCCGGCUGGACAUUCCGAAGCCAGGACCUGGCGGGACGUGCGCGAGGAAGACGCGAAAACACCGGUGGCGGCCCCUGGAAGCAGCGGCGCCGGAUCACCCGGAAGCGGAUCGUCGGGCCAGCUCGCCUCGGAGUGUGUCCGAUGUGAAGUGGCCAAUUGCCGCCACUGCUUCAGUGCGCAGGACUACUGUGACCAGUGCGACGACGGAUACAAGCUGCUGGUGGCCAUGUCCAAUGUGUCGCCCUUUCGCUGUGUGCAGGAGUGCCCCCAGCGGCAUUUCGCCGACCCGGAGAAGCUGCUCUACUGGGGUGUGCCCCCGGUGCCGCAAGCGCGCACUUCCCACCGCACCGGGUCCCAUGGCAUGGCCGGCGUUCCGGCAAGGCGCCGCCUGGCUGUCCGUGCCACGAGUCCGCCCGGGGCGUAUCAACGCUUUUUCGACAGCUCCCUCUACUGCAGCCCUUGCCAUGAGGAUUGCGACUUCGGGUGCAGGGGCCUCGGCCCGGGGGACUGUACCCGGCCGAUUGUUGACAGCGGAGACCCGGGGAAAGAUUUGCGCAAGCCAGCCAUCAUUGCAUCCAUUACGGCAGCUGUCCUGGCUGUCUUCGUUCUCGGUGUCAUGUUCCUUGUGGUCGGCCUGAAACUUCGCAGCAACUACCUGAAGAAGGCGGAGCGACGCCGACGUGCGGCCACAGCUGCGAUAACACACUGA